CCACGGCCAAUGCGCCCAAGCGGCUGCCCGAGCACGUGCAGGUGGACGACCCCGCCGUGCAGAGGAGGCUGGCCAAGAAGCUGGAGCGCCAACAGGUGCCUCUGAGACAGGACUACGGCACCAAGGUCAACCUGUUCUCCCACUUGCACCAGUACAGCCGGAAUAAGCCGCUGACUCAGCAGAUGAGCAUCCCCUCCACGGUGAUCCAUCCGGCUGUGGUGCGCCUCGGCCUCCGGUACUCGCAGGGCAUCAUCAACGGCUCCAACGCCCGCUGCAUUGCCCUGCUUGAGGUCUUCAAACAGCUGAUCCGGGAUUACGUGACUCCCCCCAACGAGGAGCUCUCGCGGGACCUGGUGGCCAAACUGAAGCCGCACAUCAGCUUCCUCAACCAGUGCCGGCCGCUCUCCGCCAGCAUGGGCAACGCCAUCAAGUUCCUCAAGAAGGAGAUUUCCUGCCUGCCUGACACCCUGCGAGAGGAGGAGGCCAAGGAGAAGCUGCACGGCCUUAUCGACAAGUAUUUGCGGGAGAAGAUCGUCCUGGCRGCUGAAGCCAUUUCUCGCUCUGCCUUCGAGAAGAUCAAGGAGAAYGACGUGAUCCUGGUGUAUGGCUGCUCCUCGCUCGUGAACCGCACGCUGUGUGACGCCCACGGGCAGAAGGGCCGCACGUUCCGCGUGGUGGUGGUGGACAGCCGCCCGCGGCUCGAGGGCCGUGCCACGCUGCGCUGCCUUGUGCGCCGUGGCAUCCGCUGCACCUACGUCAUGAUCAACGCCAUCUCCUACGUGCUGCCUGAGGUGACCAAAGUGCUGCUCGGCGCCCACGCGCUCCUGGCCAACGGCUCAGUGAUGUCCCGUGUGGGGACAUCACAGAUCGCGCUGCUCUCCAAGGCUUACAACGUGCCUGUCCUCGUGUGCUGCGAGACCUACAAGUUCUGCGAGCGGGUGCAGACGGACUCCUUUGUCUCCAACGAGCUGGAUGAUCCCGAUGACCUGAUCGUGCCGCGGCAGGGCCAGGCCCAGCUCAGCGGUUGGGCAGAGAACAAGUCCCUGCGCCUCCUCAACCUGGUGUAUGACGUGACACCACCUGAGCUGGUGGACAUGGUCAUCACUGACUUGGGCAUGAUACCCUGCACCUCGGUGCCGGUCGUCCUGCGUGUCAAGAACGUGGAUCAGUGAUAGGGGCCACUCCACUGCCCCUGAAUAAAGCAGUGCCC